CAAGCGGCUCUAGCGGGUCGAGGUAUAUAUAGCUCAUUCGUCCUUUCCGACAUCAUUCGACAGUCCUCUACCAAGCUGUGAGGAGGUGAACAAUGAAGUCUUUGUUGGUUGUAUUAUCUGUGAUCGGCCUGGGAGCCGCCCAACAUUGGGGCCAAGCCGGAGUCCCUCAAGACACCCCCGAAGUCGCCGCUGCCAAAGCUGCCCACCUCGCAGCUCUCGCUCGCGUCUCAGCCCCCCAGCAACAGCAACACUGGAAUCAGGGUCAGCAGCAGUGGAACCAAGGCCAGCAAUGGAACCAGCAGCCUCAGCAGAGCUGGAAUCCUCCUCAGAAGCCGUGGACCGGACCCCUCGCCCUACCCCCGGGCUUCGACAGCAACGGAGCUCCUCUUCCUGUCCAGGACACCCCUGAAGUUCAGGCCGAACGCGCCAGGCACUUCACUCUUUACAGUUCCGGAAACCACAUCACCCAGCUCCCCGCUGCUGCUCCUUCCUGGAACCAGGCCCCAGCCCAGCAGUCGUGGAACCAAAAUCAGCAAUGGAACCAUCCUCCGGCCCAACCCGCAUGGAAUCCUAACCAAAACUACAACCAAGCUCCCAGCUGGAACAGCAACCAGCAGGCCGGUCUCCCCGUCGACACCCCCGAAGUCGCCGCCGCCAAAGCCGCCCAUUUCGCAGCUCAUUCUCAGCUCGGAACCAACAACAGGUGGGGUCAUCACUAAGUCAACAAAGAGUCUUACUAAAAGUUCCCAAUUUUUAUCAAUAUUUUUAUAAUUUAACGAUUUUUAUAUUAUAAUUAAAAUGAGGUACGGCCUCACAAAAAUG